AUGAAGAGCCAAGAAGAUUUAGAAAUCAAUGAGCAAGAUGUCUCGAUGAAGAGAAAGCACAGCAGUAACAACAACAAUAACAACAGCAUUAGCCAUCAAGAUUUGGAAGGUGAAGAUAAAGAAGAUUUUGACCUUACACUUUCUUUAUCUUUUGGUCCUCGGAGAUCCAAAAAGAAAACUACCCUAAACACUGCAAGACCACAGUUAUCAUUGUCAUUGCCGCCACCUGUAACAUCAGAAACUCAUCAACCAUUACCACAGCAUCAAGAUAUCCCUCAAAUUGAAAUCCCACCGGAUGCCCAGAUGACACCAAGGCCUCUUGACCCUAUUCAGCUUUCUCCCAAACACGCCCCAUUCGCUGAUAUUCCUGUGACUGAACCAUUGCUAUACACUACUGCUCCAAUAAACCAUGAAAGUUCCAUGGCUGGUCCUCCUCGCGCUCCACGCACACGCCGGAACUCUUCUCAGGGUCCUCGGGAAGGGAAAGGGGAAGCUGUUCCCGUCUUGUAUCCUUGGGCCAUGGAUCGUCGUGCCAUGGUGCAUAGCUUGGACUAUUUGCUAUCAAGAAGAAUAGAAACCAUUACUGGUUUAGUCCAAUGCAAGAGAUGUGAAAAACAAUAUGAAUUAGGGUUUGACUUGAGAGCCAAGUUUGUAGAAAUCGGUGCGUUUAUUUCUCAAAACAAGAGUUUCAUGCAUGAUAGGGCACCAAGUGAUUGGAUGAAUCCGGUAUUGCCCAGAUGCCAAUUUUGCGACCAGGAAAAUAGCGUGAAGCCUGUGAUUGCCAACAAGAAGCAGAAGAUUAAUUGGUUGUUUUUGCUUUUGGGGCAAAUGUUAGGCUGCUGUACUCUUGAUCAGUUGAAAUAUUUUUGCAAGCACACAAAAAAUCAUCGCACUGGGGCUAAGGAUCGUGUUCUCUAUCUUGCUUAUCUUGGAAUGUGUAAACAGCUUGAUCCCAAUGGCCCUUUUGAUCGCUGA